AUGACACGUAGGAAAGCCGAUGCUACCACAAAGCCUUUCGCGAUGCCUGGUAACAAACCAACCAUCCUCCGACUCGGUGAGAAUAUCAAGUACAACCCUGACUACUACAGAGACACAUUCACGCAACUUUUCGAUGUGGUCGCAAACGAAGAGCCGGAUCGAGCCUCGUUCAUUGCAGCACUCAAGUCAAAGAAGUAUGGUAAUUUCUCUGCCAUAUUUCGCCCGCAUUUUCAGUCAGGGGGCGAGAUGGGACAGUGGGACGAUGAGCUGAUCUCGUACCUCCCACGAUCCCGCGCGGCGAGAACCUGCGACCCGGAGCAGUUCAUGGCCAUGCAUCGCCUGGUCGGGAGCAUAUCCUGGAACCCUCGCGACCACGUUCUCGGCAUUGUCGGCUUGGGCAACAUCAGCAAGAAGGUCGCCCUCAAGGCACGGAAAGCGCUCGGCAUGAAGAUACACUACUUUGACGUCUGCCGCUCGCCACCAGAGGUCGAGCAGGAGCUGCAGGCGACCUAUCACUCUACCCUCCAUGAGCUCCUUCGCGUGUCGGAUUGUGUCACGCUUCACGUCCCAUUGAACGCGCAUACCCGGGAUCUUAUCGAUGGCGAUGCCAUUGCGGCUAUGAAGGAUGGCGCGAGGCUCAUCAACACGGCGCGGGGUGAGGUCGUCCAUGAGCAGGCUCUGAUAGCGGCUUUGAAGAGCGGCAAGUUGUCGGCGGCGGCGCUCGACGUGCACUACCACGAGCCGCAGGUUUCUCCGGUGCUUGCUGAGAUGGAGAAUGUUACGCUGACAUGCCACAACGGCGGUGCAGCAAUAACAACCCGACUGAAUUUUGAGCUGGGGGCGAUGAAGAACAUUGUCGAGGUGGUUGGCACUGACGGGGAAUUCAUUGGCGAACCGUUGACGCCGGUAAAUAGGAAAGCUUUCGAGGCUUCUUGA